AUUAAAGUGGACGCUGCUGGCAGGACUCGCAUUGCACUUCAUUGUUUCUUGGGUAGAGUUACUGCCAGAUGAAAAAGGAGAAGGAGCAGCAGAAUUAAACACCAAGCUGGCUUUUUAGUUCAGCUUGUGCAGUUUCAUGUCUAAGAUUGUGACGCUGUUUGCUGAACAGGCCACACUAUGCGUGAAUACAAGCUAGUGGUCCUCGGCUCUGGGGGUGUGGGGAAGUCUGCUCUGACAGUACAAUUCGUACAGGGAAUAUUUGUUGAAAAAUAUGACCCCACAAUAGAAGAUUCAUACAGAAAGCAAGUGGAAGUAGACGGACAACAAUGUAUGCUUGAAAUUCUCGACACAGCAGGGACAGAGCAGUUCACAGCGAUGAGAGACCUGUAUAUGAAGAACGGCCAGGGUUUCGCUUUAGUAUAUUCUAUUACAGCACAGUCAACGUUUAACGACCUCCAGGACUUAAGAGAACAGAUCCUACGAGUGAAGGACACUGAAGAUGUCCCAAUGAUUCUGGUCGGCAAUAAAUGUGAUCUGGAGGACGAGCGGGUCGUGGGGAAGGAACAGGGUCAGAACCUAGCAAGACAGUGGAACAACUGUGCCUUUUUAGAGUCGUCUGCAAAGUCAAAGAUCAACGUUAAUGAGAUCUUUUAUGACCUGGUCAGACAGAUCAAUAGGAAAACGCCAGUGGAAAAGAAAAAGGCUAAAAAGAAAUCGUCCUGCCUGCUGCUGUAAGAGUCCAGCCAGCAGCAGCAGCAGCAGCUCUGAGCAAGAAUGCAGGAAUGAAGAACUGUUGCCCAAAUUGGAAAGUGCCAGCAUUCCAGAUUAAUACAAAACAAUUCGAAAGUUACAACCUAUCUGAAGAGGCUCCUGUGCUUUUUUUGUAUCGUUUAACUGAAGAGUUUCGGAGGAUGGAUUGGAACUGUCGUCCCCCGACCCCCCCCCCCCCCCCACCCGCAUCGCUUCUUGGCAGAAAAAAAACAACAGUAUUUUCACCUUUGCAAUAGUAAUUAAAAGAUAAAAAUAAUUCUAUUUGAAUUUAGUUGUAUGAUCAUAUGAACGCAUGGACACAUUUCAAAUGUUAGAUGUUGCAAGUUAAAUCAAGAAUUGAUAACAUAUUGGCCUUUUUAUUCUCAUAAUCCCCCUUUUCUUUCUUAAGUACUAACAGUCCAGCGGUAACAGUUUGAAUUCCAGUGGACUGACAUCACAAAUAGCAUCAUCUUUCUGAAGUGACAUCAUCUUUCUGAAGUGACAUCAUCAUUCUGAAGUGACUUCAUUUUCUAUCCUGGGAGUUAAGGAAUUCCAUCCCUUUAAUAUAUUCCAAUUCAAAUGUUUUGUGUGUAAUGCUUUGGAAAAAUGGGUCUUUUAUAGAAAAACAAACUGUGGGAAAACACAAACAAACUGAUUUCUAUGUCUCUCGAAGCUAAAAUAUAUUCUACUAAACCAACUCUAAUGUUGCUUCGUGUGUUUUACUGUCACAAAUUAAUUUUCAGCUUUUAUGAAUGAUUAAAUUUUAGUACAUUUUCAUUA